CUCUUGGUGAAUGCCAUUUUGUUGCUAAAUUUUUGAGGCAUUCUACCUUGCACUCUUGUGUUCUAAUAUUCUUCCAAGCGUUCAUAUUUUCUAUUGAUUUUAUUUUGUUGCAAUUCUUGAGAGUCUUCCAUGUCUUUUGAUGGUCCUAGCUUUUAACUCUUGUUAAUUGCUAAAAUCUGUCUCUUGAUUUCAGUUGCCUUGUUAAAUAUGAUCUUGGUUCUGGUUAACCUUGUUGUGGCAGAAUUUAUAAGGCAUCCAUGCAUUUGUUCACUCAUUCAUGAUUUGUAUAUCCAUUGGAUGCUUAUCCGUCUUUGAUAGAGUUCAAGUUUUGUUGUACUCAUCUGUACAUCCAUGCCAUUCUUUGCCAACUCGUCUUGUGUUGGGUUCAAAGCGUAACCCCACAAUUGUUCUUUUGUGGCUUUGGCAGGAUUUAUUUUUAUUCCUUGUGCUUUCCGUAUUACCCCAGCCUCUAGUAGCUCAUUUUAUGGUAAACCCUGUUAAGUAGCUAGUGUCCUGCUGUUAUGUGUAGUUGUGAUUUGAUAUCAGAGUGGCGCGGCGAAAGCAUAGUAGGCCAUUUUGUUCAUAGAAAGUGAGUGGGGCAUUUGUUUUGUCUUGGAUUGUGUGAAGCCAUUCACCACUCGAAAUGGUCCUCAAUUUGAGUUUUGGGGACAAAACUCCUUUUUAGGAGGGGUGAGUGUAAUAUCC